AUGUCCAAUGCCGCCACCAAUGCCCUCACCUCCUCUGAGAAAAAGCGUAUCCGAGACCGCAAAGCUCAAAAGACGCUCAGAGAAAAACGCGACGCGCAUGUGAAAUCAUUGGAAGAGCGCGUUGCGUUUUGUGAGCGGCACCAUGGACAUGAGCGUGCGCAGGCGCAUGGGACAGGAUGGACACCAUCGCCAUCGCCAUCGCAAUCGCAAUCGCAAUCACAUACGGCAACAGAUGUGCAACAACUGCUUGCGACGGUGGAAAACUUGAGAAGAGAGAACGAGGGGUUGCGGAUGAGGCAGGAGAGACUGAGGAGCAUGAUUACGGAGUGGGGGGUUGAGGAUGCGCAGGCCGGACUUCAUAAUGCGGGAUUGGGGUUGAAUGGGCACAGUGGUAGUAAUGAUGCCAUGUUGUCGCUUAGCUGCAAUGUGGCUUCGGCCUCACCGUCUACCUCACCUCUUGCAUCAACCGGCCAUGACUAUGACGCACCUGAUACCAGAACGGCAGCGUCUCUACAAGAUGCCGCUACCCCAGAAUCCAUCCACCCAACUCUCCCCGCCUGGUCGCUAACCCCCAUAAACGAAUACGGCCACAACCUCUUCUACUUCCCCGCAACCUGCCCCUGGCUCUCCUACCCGGACCUCAUCGCCUCCUGCCCCCCCUACCCAUCACCCCUAGACCUCCUCCACGGCACCCGCCGCAACUAUCUUGCGGCCCAAAUCCACCAACUCAUCCGGCGGCGCGCGUUCCGCGACUCCGAGUGUCUGGCUCUAGGCUGGCUGGCGUAUUUAUUCAGUAAAUGGCGCGCGUCGCCUAGCCCCGAGACGUUCGCACGACUUGCGCCGUUUCAGAGGCCGGUGGCGAUACAAUUACAAAAAGGCCACCCCGCCGCACUAGACCUCAUGCCGUGGCCGCAACUCCGCGCGAACCUGGUCAAGAACUGGAUGAAGUUCGAUUUUGUGGAGUUUGCGGGGUAUGCGAGUUGUUGUAUCAAGGUGCGGUGGCCGUGGGGGGAGGAUGUGCUUGAGCGGGACGAGGAGGAUGGAUUCCGGGUGCGGAGGGAGUUUAUGGAGGUGUUUAUGGAGGAGGGUGGGUGGGGGUUGACGACGGAGUUUAUUCAGCGGUAUCCGGAGUUUGUGGAGGGGAUGGAUGUUGAGAAUGUGAGGUUUCGGUUUGAGUUGCCAGAUUUGGAGACGUUGUCUUUUCGGAAGAGUUGA